GUCGAAAGCCUCUCUCACCAGCAAAGUCAUCAUUUCACGGGAGCAUAUCGGCCUCAAAAACCACUUAGAAGUCGAGGAAGAUGAAGCAAGUGAUUGUGGUGUUCGGGGCGCUUGCACUGGGGUGGAUGGCCAUAGAGCUGGCGUUCAAGCCCUUCCUCCACAAGGCUCGGACCGCCAUGGACAAGUCAGACCCUAGCCGCGAUCCUGACGACGUGGUCGAUCCGCACAAAGACGGCGGUGCCGACAAGGAAUCUUCCUUUGAUUCUGACGCUGAUGCCUCCACCGCCAAAAACCAAUAAAUCGGCUGUCGAGGUUAAUCUGAAGACAAUCUAUAAAGUUUUUUAGUAACUGUCCCUGCUUUCUGGUUAUUUAAAAGAAUAGCUAUUGUUAUUAGAAAAAACUGUUAUGCUUGAAUAGUUUACUCUGCACAAUAUUAAUUAUUAAUUAUUGGAUGGGAUUAGCUUGAUAUCGGGGAUUUUUUUUCUCCUUUAGUAGCUGAUUUACAAUCUGAUACAAUUCGGAUGUAAAACAAGUUCUCUUGUUAUCCGUCACUUCGGUUUUUUUUUUUUUAACAGCAACAAAUAAAUCAGUAUGUUGAUU